AUGUUCGAAGACUGCUCUGUUCUGUCAGAAGAGAUAAUGAAGAGCUUUAAUAUUAAUGGGCCCCUUGAGGAUGCCAUUGAGGAUGAAGAAGAAGAGUGCCUGUCUGAGGAAAAUGAUACUAUCUCAAAAGAAGACUUUCCAUUGGAGGAAAGCUUUUCUGCAGAGUUUGAGCCUGAAAAUCUGAGCUGUGAAGAAGUGGAAUACUUUUGUAAUAAAGGCAAUGAAGAAGGCAUCCAGGAGGCAGCAGAAUCUGAUGGUGAUGCAAGGUCAGAAAAACCAGGGCAGCUUGCUGUGGAGACUGAAGAUUGGGAUGGGCCAGGAGAGUUGGAGGUGGUCCAGAAAGACGGGGAGCGCAAGAUUCAGAGCCGGCAGCAGCUUCCGGUUGGAACAACAUGGGGGCCUUUCGCUGGGAAGAUGGAUCUGAAUAAUAACACCUUGAAGACAAAGGCUUCAGUCCCUAUGGUACUGACUGCUGGCCCCAAGUGGUUGCUGGAUGUGACUUGGCAAGGAGUAGAAGACAACAAAAACAACUGCAUUGUGUACAGCAAAGGAGGGCAGCUUUGGUGUACCACGACCAAGGCCAUCUCAGAGGGUGAAGAGCUGAUUGCCUUUGUUGUAGAUUUUGACUCAAGGCUGCAAGCUGCUAGUCAGAUGACUCUCACAGAAGGGAUGUAUCCUGCACGCCUGCUGGACUCAAUACAAUUGCUCCCUCAACAAGCUGCAAUGGCAUCUAUUUUGCCUACGGCUAUUGUGAACAAGGACAUAUUCCCGUGCAAAUCCUGUGGCAUUUGGUAUCGAAGCGAGCGGAACCUGCAGGCCCAUCUCAUGUACUACUGCAGUGGGAGGCAAAGAGAGGGGCCUCAGCUGUCAGAGGAGAACGAAGAUAGUGCUCAGCAGAUAUCCAGCGUCUGCCCCUUUCCGCAGUGCACCAAAAGUUUUUCUAAUGCAAGAGCUCUGGAAAUGCACCUAAAUUCUCACAGUGGAGUGAAAAUGGAAGAAUUUCUCCCGCCCGGUGCUAGUCUGAAAUGCACAGUUUGUACUUACACUGCAGACUCGGUGAUUAACUUUCAUCAGCACCUGUUCUCGCAUCUUACGCAAGCUGCCUUUAGAUGCAAUCACUGCCAUUUUGGCUUCCAAACUCAGAGGGAGCUACUGCAGCACCAAGAGUUACAUGUCUCUGGCAACAAGAUUCAGAGAGAAAGUGACAUUGAACACUCUCCAAGUAGAAACGAAGAGGGUUUGCAGCCAGCAACGGACCUGUUGAGCAGAAAUGAUGUUCCCCAGAGCCAAAAGACCAUGCAGACUAAAGAUGCAAGUUCUGAUACAGAGCUUGAUAAAUGUGAAAAAAAGGCUCCACUUUUCCUUCCAAACCAGAGGCCAGAAACACAGCCUACAACAAAUAAGCAGAGUUUUUCAUACACUAAAAUAAAAUCUGAACCAUCCAGUCCAAGACUUGCUUCAUCGCCAGUUCAGCCUAAUAUUGGUCCUUCUUUCCCAAUGGGACCUUUUCUUUCCCAGUUUGCUUUUCCCCAGGACAUCACUGUGGUUCCUCAGGCUUCCGAGAUAUUAGCCAAAAUGUCUGAACUGGUCCAUCGAAGACUGAGGCAUGGAAGUAGCAAUUAUCCUCCCGUAAUUUACAGUCCUUUGAUGCCCAAAGGGGCUACAUGUUUUGAGUGUAACAUAACAUUCAAUAAUUUGGACAACUACUUGGUACACAAAAAGCAUUACUGCAGCAGCCGAUGGCAGCAGAUGGCAAAGUCUCCAGAUUUUUCCAGUGCUCCAGAAAAAAUGCCAGAAGCUGUAAGUCCCAGUAACGGUCAAAGCUCUAUAAACAUCCUGAAUGCAGCUCCUCACACAUCAGAUCCAGAGAAUCAACUUCUGCAGACAUCUUGCAUAAACUCUUCCAAUGUUUUAGAUUUGAUUGGGCCAAACAAUAAAAGUCACGAAAAAGAUUUUACAGCACAGCCUAAGAAGUUGUCAGCUGCAAGCAACGGCGAUGAGAAGAUAAAUGGAAAACCUUCUGAUGUGAAGAAUCCCAAUGCUCCUUUAGUAGAAGGGGAGAGUGAUCCUAACAAGACAACGUGUGAAGCUUGUAAUAUUACUUUCAGCAGACAUGAAACGUACAUGGUCCACAAGCAGUAUUACUGUGCCACUCGCCACGAUCCCCCGCUGAAGAGGUCCGCUUCCAACAAAGUGCCUGCCAUGCAGAGAACAAUGCGUACCCGGAAGCGAAGGAAGAUGUAUGAGAUGUGCCUACCAGAGCAAGAGCAAAGGCCACCGCUAGUUCAACAGCGAUUUCUAGAAGUGGCUAAUCUCGGCAAUCCUUGUACAUCUACUCAAGAGUCAACAGAAGGCCUUGGAGAAUGUUACCAUCCACGAUGUGAUAUCUUUCCAGGAAUAGUCUCAAAGCAUCUGGAAACAUCACUGUCUAUCAAUAAGUGCGUUCCAGUUUCAAAGUGUGAUACUCCCCACUCCACUGUGUCUUGCUUGGAGAUGGAUGUGCCAAUAGAUCUCAGUAAAAAAUGCUUACCCCCAUCAGAGAGAACGUCCACUUCUCCCAAAAGGCUGCUGGACUACCAUGAGUGCACAGUAUGCAAGAUCAGUUUUAACAAGGUCGAGAAUUACCUGGCUCACAAGCAGAAUUUUUGCCCUGUCACAGCCCAUCAGCGUAACGACCUGGGGCAGCUCGACAGUAAAGUGUUUCAAAACCCAGAAAGUGAAAGAAACAGCCCAGAUGUCAGUUACGAAAGAAGCAUAAUCAAAUGUGAAAAAAACGGAAACUCGAAACAGUCCUCUCCUAACGGAAACUUAUUUUCCACACACUUAGCAACACUUCAAGGACUAAAAGUCUUUAGUGAAGCGGCCCAGCUUAUUGCUACAAAAGAAGAAAACAAACAUUUGUUUCUUCCACAAUGCCUUUACCCUGGAGCAAUAAAGAAAGUUAAAGGAGCAGAUCAGCUUUCUCCAUAUUAUGGAAUAAAGCCAAGUGAUUACAUUUCUGGUUCUCUCGUCAUUCAUAAUACUGAUUUAGAUCAAAGCACAAAUACAGGAAGUGAAUCUCCUAAAGGCCAGGCACCUUCCAAUGGAUGUGCUGUGCAGAAGAAAGAGUCUCUUCCACUAUUGCCGAAAAACCGAGGCAUGGUAAUAGUUAAUGGGGGACUGAAACAGGAGGAAAGACCUGCCGCAAACUCACAGCAAGAGAACAUUUCCCAGAACCCUCCGCAUGAAGAUGGGCACAAGUCUCCUUCUUGGAUCUCUGAGAAUCCCUUAACUGCAAAUGAAAAUGUCUCUCCAGCAAUUCCUACAGCAGAGGAACAGUUGUCUAGUAUAGCUAAAGGCGUGAAUGGUUCUACCCAGGCCCCAACCAGUGGAAAGUAUUGCCGACUGUGUGACAUCCAGUUCAACAACCUUUCAAACUUUAUAACUCAUAAGAAGUUUUAUUGCUCAUCACAUGCAGCAGAACAUGUCAAAUGA